GCUAAUAAAUCAAAAAAGUUUUAAACAAACGUGAUUCAAAAGUGUCUGCAAAAAGUCCGUGCUUUAAGUGUUGUCAAAAUUAAAAAAUCGAAAUGUCAUUUUAUUUAAUACGCACAGUAUUUUUAAUGCAUUUAUUUAGUAAUUUACUCUGUGAUAUAGAUUUAGAUGUAGUCAAUAAGGAUUUGUUCGAUUCUAAAAACUUUGUGAACAAAAAAACUGAUGUUGUUUUAAAUAAACUUUUGAAUGAAAAGAAAUUCAGUUCGGAAAUAAUUAGGAGUGUUGGUAAGGAUAAUGACGUUGUAAAUAACUUUGAGGACAUCACUAUAAUGGACGAUAAAGGGAACUUAAAAAACUUGAAAUAUAAAUCAGUGUUGCCAAAGUCUGAGUUUGAGAACUUAGUGAAUAGUGAUGUGAUACCAACUAAAGUUAGUGUUGUGCCACAAAUUGAAGUGCCUGUGACUGAAAUUUAUGAGGACGAAGUGAAAUUUGAAGCUGGGGGCCUGAAGCCGAAGUUUUUUGAUGAAUUGGGAUUGAUUCCCCAAACCUGCCGCUACAGGGGCGCCCGUUACCCCUGCGGGCUCAGCAUAUCAUGCGUGCUCGGCGGAGGCAAGCCCCUGGACCUAUGUUCAGGUGGCAUGAUAUGGGCAUGUUGUGUGGACAGAGAGACCACUGAACGACCGACAGAGGUCGCCCCUGUCGUUCAUAAUGCGAGUGACUUAAUAGAACUCAUCGGAUCGUUUCCACAUGAAAACUACGAUUAUCAGACAAACACAAAUCAGUUUGAAGAUCCAAUCAUUAUUUACACCGACGCAAAGCCGACAUACCACCAAAAACCGGAUUCAAACCACCCGGAACUGGACGAAACCGGUAUUAACCGGCCAAAUUGGAACCAAAACCAUUUUUAUCACGUGAAACCUUCUUACAAUGAAGGGACGACACAAAAACCUGAUGAUUAUUAUAAGCCUGAUUAUCAUGAGGGGAACAAUGUCCAAGGUGAUGAUGAUUAUGUGCCAAUACACACGAACACCAAUCAUAAACCAACGAGACCUAGUUUUCCGGGUUGCGGCGAGCACUUUACGAGAUCAAACCGUAUUGUGGGCGGGCAUUCCACUGGCUUCGGAUCACAUCCCUGGCAAGCUGCCCUCAUCAAGUCUGGUUUUCUUAGCAAGAAGCUAGCCUGUGGAGGUGCCUUGGUGUCUGAUAGAUGGGUGAUCACCGCAGCUCAUUGUGUUGCUACCACACCAAACAACCAGCUUCGAGUGCGUCUCGGUGAGUGGGACGUCCGGGACUCUGGCGAGAGGUACUCUCAUGAAGAGUUCGCGGUACAACGCAAGGAGGUCCAUCCAUCGUACGAGCCGAGCGACUUCCGAAACGACGUGGCGUUAGUACAGCUGGACAGAGGCGUCGUCUUCAAACAACAUAUAUUGCCUGUAUGUCUCCCUCAGAAGCAAAUGAAGCUGGCCGGUAAGAUGGCCACCGUCGCGGGCUGGGGCCGGACCAGGCAUGGACAGAGUUCCGUACCCUCCGUGUUACAGGAGGUGGAUGUAGAAGUAAUCCCCAAUGAACGUUGUCAGCGCUGGUUCCGAGCGGCCGGACGGAGAGAGACCAUACACGAUGUCUUCUUAUGCGCUGGCUAUAAAGAGGGUGGCCGCGACUCCUGCCAGGGUGACAGCGGAGGUCCCCUGACCAUGAAGCUGGAAGGUCGCAGCACACUCAUAGGCCUGGUGUCCUGGGGCAUCGGUUGCGGGAGAGAACAUCUUCCCGGGGUCUAUACUAAUAUACAGAAGUUUGUGCCCUGGGUCGAUAAACUUAUCAAUCCUUAGGGGAAAGAUUACCCCCUUAUCCCUCCCCUCCUAAAAAGAGAAUUAAAGAAAUUACCAUCUAAAAGAAAAAUGACAAAAGUUACCCCCAUCUCAAGUCAGGAAGAGUAUUCAUUUAAGUCUGAUUUAUUUGGGGAAGGAUGAAAAAACAGAAAAUUGCAAGCUCUUUCUUCUACGAUGAUAUUGUGGGGGUGCUUUAGAAUAAAAAACUAAAACGAACUUUUGGAAUAUCGAUGACAAAUAAAAGAAAAUAUUCAAAUACAAGUUAGCCUUCGUUAUAUUUAAUGAUCUCUUUUAGGAAAAGCGAUUAACAUUAAACAACGGCAUGAGGUUAAGUUGAGUUUGAGUAUUCAAGGGGUAAGAAAUAACAAAUCAUGUACGACAAAAAUAUAUGAAAACUUUCGAAAGCAUUUUUGAUUGAACUUUCAAUAUAACAUCAAAAGCCUCAAUUGAUCCAAGUUUUAAUACUUAUAACAUGUUGCAAAG